AUGGCCAGCCCAACCGUGAUCCAGUUCCGGGUGGACCAGGGCCAGCCGCCACCAGCAGCAGGCCUGAGCGGCCGAGCAUAUCACUCGAAGUCCCGCGCUGGCUGUUUCCCCUGCAAGAAGCGCCACGUUCGCUGCGACGAGGCCAAACCCGCGUGCUCCUCGUGCCGACGACUUCUGCUACAAUGCGAGUAUCCCACACCGCGCCCGGCCAGGAAGGCCGCCCCAGUCAAACAGCAGGCAAUGCAGGGCGUCCUUCGACUGGCCAAGCACGGCAAGGAAGAGACGACCCCCCCGUGCCACGAGCCGCUCCGCGCAAAGCAGCCACCGGCAGCCUUCCGAACCACGGCACGGAGCCAAGCCCGGAUGACCAGGCACCUCUGGACGGUGGAGGACACGGCACGGGCGAUUGUGCAUGCCGCAUUCCAGAACUUUGACCCGGCCCGCCUCACCCGUGGCGACAUGCUCGCCCUCAUGCUGCCGCGCGAGAGCCUGCACAAGGAAUACUACCGUUACGUAUGCCUCGCGAUCCGGGACCUGAGCAUGUCGCCCAACAAGGAGCUGCGGGCCAAGGGCCUCCGCACCAUGUGCCAGUCCGAGCACCUCGGCAGCGCAAAUUCGGGGAGAGGCACCAAGGAGAAUGACCGCCAUCUCGUCUCGGCUGUGCGGAACUACGCGCACGCCCUCGCGACCUUCCGCGACGCCCUGCCCAGUAUGUCGCCGCCCGACAUUGCCUAUGCUACCGUCUGCUUCGGCGGGCUCGAGCUCCUGCAGGGCAACAUCGCGUCGCGCAACGUCAUCCUGGUCGCGGGCGCUGCCAUGCUCCGCGCGCACGUCGUGGCCCCUCGGGAGGUACGCUCUGAUGGCGCGCUCCGUUACGGCGUGCACCCGCGGUACGCCGACUGGCGCUGUCUCUGCGACGCCGAGGCCCUCAUAGUGCGCUUCGCCUCGGCUGGAGUACUGGCAGGUCACACGGUGCCGGUCGUGGCCGCCAGCAGCAGCAACGGCGGGAAGAAGAAAUCCUUGCUGCCGACGUUCCACCUGCCCGGCACGCUCCCGGCGCCCCCUGAGCUGCGCGGCGGCGGCUUUACGGGUCCGCUCGACCUCGAGGCGCUGCGCUGCCGGUGGAACGCCUUCCACGGCACGUUCGAGUCGUGGCUGCUCAGCCGGUACUGGGCCAUCGCCGCCGGCCAGACCCUCGACGCCAGGCAGCACCUCGCCGAUGAGGCCCGGCUGUGGAAGCACAUGGGUGUUUGGCAGCGCAGGCUUCGGCAUAUCAUACGGGCUAUCCAGAAGGAGGAGGGCAAGGGACAACGAAAAACAUGCGAGACUAAUCUGGCAACUAUGAGGAUGCUGAGCGCGUACCUGCACUGCUACCAGAUCGCCAUGGCCGCCACCGUCUGGGACGGCCCCGGGGCCAGCGCGGCAUCAUCAGGAGCAGCAGCAGGCCCGGGGCGGCCAGAGUCGGCCGGGGAGGUCCCCGUGGACGUCGACGCCGCGAGCCUGGCGGACCUAACUCGUCUGGAGACGAGGACCGUGGACGGCUUUGGCGCCAACUGCUGCGGCGACCUGUUUCUCGACUGCGCGAUCCUUCCCCUCAUCGCGAGGCAGGCGACGCGCAAGGUCUGGGGCCGGGCAGCGACAGCAUCAGCUGGCAACAUGGACGGCACUGCCUCUUUCACCGCGACGGCGACGGCGACGGCGACGACGACGACUGAGGAGCGCCAGAGGCUUCUCGCUGAGCGGCAGCUCGCGCUGCUCGACUUGCAGACCCAGGUCGUGAAGAGGGCAAUUGACGAGCAAGCGGAGCAGGUCGCAAAAGCGUACGCGGGACAGCAGCACCCGGCCUGGACGACUGCGGCCAGGAGAGACGCAGAAGCGGGAUGCGUGGCUGCCUCGUCCUCUUCCUCGUCCGGGACCCCAGAUGCAUCACGAUGGCGGCCAGCACCAGACAGGAACAGUAAUGUGCCUCCACGGGAAGAGAAGCAUGAAGACAGCACCAGCAGCACCAGCAGAAGUGAAGAUUGUGGUGAUGGUGUUGUGCCACCACUGUUCGCGGCAGCCGAAAGGGGCCCACGCUCAUGGCCUAUCUCCUCGUCGCCAACAUCCCCGGGGCUACAGAAACAGAGCAGCCAGAAGCAAGAGACACGGCCGUCGCCACCAGAGCCGAUCCACCACCAACACCAGCCGCGGACCACCCCGUCCUCGCAUCACGGGCCCUUCCAAGUCGUAAUCUUCAUCACCCGCAGGGAGACCAUCCUCGCGUGCAUGCCCAUACACGUCGCCACUGCCAGGGCGGGGCUACGGGAUGGCGUCUUCUACACGCAGGUCGUCGCAUGA